UAGCGGCCUCGCGCCCCCCUGGCCUUCGCCGCCUUGCCGCGCGUCCCCCGCGUCCCCAGCCCCUUGUGUCCUUUCCGCGGACCUCGCCGCCGCCAUGGCCACCCUUCUCCGCAGCAAGCUGUCCAAUGUGGCCACAACUGUGUCCAACAAGUCCCAGGCCAAGGUGAGCGGCAUGUUCGCCAGGAUGGGUUUCCAGGCGGCCACCGACGAGGAAGCGGUGGGUUUUGCUCACUGCGACGACCUCGACUUUGAGCACCGUCAGGGCCUGCAGAUGGACAUCCUAAAAACCGAGGGUGAGCCCUGCGGCGACGAGGGCGCCGAACCGCCCGUCGAGGGAGACAUCCAUUACCAGCGCGGCGGAGGCGCGCCCCUGCCGCCCUCGGGCUCCAAAGACCAGGCUAUGGGGGCUGGUGGCGAAUUUGGGGGCCACGACAAACCCAAGAUCACGGCGUGGGAGGCGGGCUGGAACGUGACCAACGCUAUCCAGGGCAUGUUCGUGCUGGGCCUGCCCUACGCCAUCCUGCACGGCGGCUACCUGGGGUUGUUUCUCAUCAUCUUCGCCGCCGUGGUGUGCUGCUACACCGGCAAGAUCCUCAUCGCAUGCUUGUACGAGGAGAACGAGGACGGCGAGGUGGUGCGGGUGCGGGACUCCUACGUAGCCAUAGCCAACGCGUGCUGCGCCCCGCGCUUCCCCACGCUGGGAGGCCGCGUGGUGAACGUAGCGCAGAUCAUCGAGCUGGUGAUGACUUGCAUCCUGUACGUGGUUGUCAGCGGCAACCUCAUGUACAACAGCUUCCCCGGGCUGCCCGUGUCGCAGAAGUCCUGGUCCAUCAUCGCCACCGCCGUGCUGCUGCCCUGCGCCUUCCUUAAGAACCUCAAGGCGGUGUCCAAGUUUAGCCUGCUGUGCACUUUGGCCCACUUCGUCAUCAACAUCCUGGUCAUCGCCUACUGCCUCUCGCGGGCACGCGACUGGGCCUGGGAGAAGGUCAAGUUCUACAUCGACGUCAAGAAGUUCCCCAUCUCCAUUGGCAUCAUCGUGUUCAGCUACACGUCGCAGAUCUUCCUGCCUUCGCUGGAGGGCAACAUGCAGCAGCCCAGCGAGUUCCACUGCAUGAUGAACUGGACGCACAUCGCCGCCUGCGUGCUCAAAGGCCUCUUCGCGCUGGUCGCCUACCUCACCUGGGCCGACGAGACCAAGGAGGUCAUCACGGAUAACCUGCCCGGUUCCAUCCGCGCCGUGGUCAACAUCUUCCUGGUGGCCAAAGCGCUGUUGUCCUACCCGCUGCCCUUCUUCGCCGCGGUCGAGGUGCUGGAGAAGUCGCUCUUCCAGGAAGGCAGCCGCGCCUUCUUCCCCGCUUGCUACGGCGGCGACGGGCGCCUCAAGUCGUGGGGGCUGACGCUGCGCUGCGCGCUCGUGGUCUUCACGCUGCUCAUGGCCAUCUACGUGCCGCACUUCGCGCUGCUCAUGGGCCUCACCGGCAGUCUCACGGGCGCCGGCCUCUGCUUCCUGCUGCCCAGUCUCUUCCACCUGCGCCUGCUCUGGCGCAAGCUGCUGUGGCACCAAGUCUUCUUCGAUGUCGCCAUCUUCGUCAUCGGUGGCAUCUGCAGUGUGUCCGGCUUCGUGCACUCGCUGGAGGGCCUCAUCGAGGCCUACCGAACCAACGCGGAGGACUAGGGCGCGGGGCUCCCGCUCCCCCGCGCUCUUCCCACCGUCCCCACCCACCCCCACCAGCCCUGUGCGCCCUGCCGCCGCGCUUGGGAAGCCAAGCUUCAAACAUCUCUGGUUCCUAGUUCCUGAUUAUUGGGGAUGGGGGUGGGAGGGGGAUAGGAAUCCACAAUCCAUCGCGUCUGCGUUUCUGUUGUCCUUUCUUUACCACAACACCCUAGUUUCUGGGGAGGCGGGGACGAAUUUACGGGCCGGGCUUUCCGUCCUUCCCGGAGGGACCCCGAC